UCACAUCCGUUAUUCCAUAGACAGCAAAAAUGAUAUUUUUCCGGAUUAUGUGGCUCCGGAAGUAGCAACUACGUAUGAAACGUUGCUCACUUGACGUUGCGUUAGCGCAGAUCACCGCAAUGUGUUUAUGGUAGAUUACUGCAGUCAACCUGCAAAGAACAGCAAGCUCUCCUUGCAUUAUCUAGCCGACGCCACACGAACUACUCUCAUAAACUAGAAACUGGGAUGAGCUGUUUAUGUGUUGCAGAAACUACUGGGGAAAUCUGACAACGAUUCGAGAGACUCAAAACCAUGACAAGGAGAGGAUAACCACCCUUCGUUAUGGCCAUCCAGGGGAGGUCAAAUAGAUGGAUCGCUAGGUUAAACGCUGCGUCUUUUUGCAGCUCUGCUUUAGAACGUUGUGACUGAUAAUCCCAACUCAGCCAUGCCUGGCAAACUCAAGGCCAAGAUAGUGGCGGGUCGCCACCUGCCUGUCAUGGACCGCGCGAGCGAUCUUACUGAUGCAUUUGUUGAGGUCAAAUUUGGAAACACAACGUUUAAAACGGAUGUAUAUCCCAAGUCCCUCAACCCUCAAUGGAAUUCUGAGUGGUUUAAAUUUGAGGUGGAUGAUGAAGACUUGCAGGAUGAGCCAUUGCAGAUCACUGUGUUGGACCACGACACAUACAGUGCCAACGAUGCCAUUGGCAAAGUCUACAUCGACAUUGACCCUCUGCUCUGUAGUGAAGCUGCCACAGUUAUCUCUGGCUGGUUCCCUAUAUAUGAUACUAUACACGGUAUCCGUGGUGAGAUUAACGUCCUUGUGAAGGUGGAUCUCUUCAAUGACCUCAACCGUUUUAGACAGUCCUCCUGUGGGGUCAAGUUUUUCUGCACUACGUCUAUCCCGCGGUGUUACCGGGCCAUCAUGGUGCACGGCUUCGUGGAGGAGCUGGUGGUGAAUGAGGAUCCAGAGUACCAGUGGAUCGAUCGUAUCCGCACGCCUCGUGCCUCCAAUGAAGCGCGCCAACGACUCAUAUCGCUCAUGUCAGGUGAGCUCCAGCGCAAGAUUGGCCUGAAGGUGCUGGAGAUGGGGGGCAACGCGGUGGUGGGCUACCUGCAGUGCUUCGACCUGGAAGGGGAGAGCGGCCUGGUGGUCCGGGCCAUCGGCACUGCCUGCACCCUGGAGAAGCUCAGCAACCCACAGCCCCCCAACGCAGCCGCCCAGCACACCACAGCCAACUCCUCGCCAAGCAAAGACCUCAAAGAGCCUGUGUUUGGGGAGGAGUGCCCCCCUAACCCCCUCUCCUCCGGACCCUCCACCCCCUUGAGGGCUCCCGGCUUCUCCUUCUCCCCCUCCAAGUCCUACAGCCGGCAGUCCUCCUCCUCAGACACCGACAUCAGCCUCACUCCCAAGACCGACACCCGCCAUGAGGCUCCUCGCGCCACAUUCUUCCUCUGCCCCAGCUCCCCCCUCCUCCUCCUCCCCUCAGAUAUGGCUCCUCCACUUCCCUCCUCCUCCUCCGCCACACUACUCACUCCCUGCCCCUUAGGACCAGAGGGAGAGCCCGCUUCUCUCCCCUCUCUUGAGGCCCUGUCUGAGCUGGCCAUGCUGAGAAAAAGUGUCUCUUUCAGUGAGGAUUUGCUCCUGGCAGCCUCUGGAAUGGGCAGCGGAGGGAGUGGAGGCAAAGAUGCAGGGCCUCUCAAGACCCUGCUCAGGCAGCAGACCCAAACCGCUCUGGAGCAGAGGGAGUUUCCCUUUUUCACCCUCACGUCUUUCCCUCCCGGCUUCCUACUGCACGUGGGGGGUGUGGUCAGUGCUCGCUCCGUCAAACUGCUCGACCGGAUCCAUAACCCAGAUGAGCCAGAGACGCGUGAUGCAUGGUGGGAGGAGCUACGCCAGGAGAUCAAAUCUCACGCCAAAGCACUCGGGUGCCACGCCGUCAUAGGAUACAGCGAGUCUACCAGCAUCUGUGAGGAGGUGUGUAUCCUGUCAGCUGCGGGAACUGCGGCGGUGCUGAGCUGUCGGCUGCUGCAGGACGGCUGCCUGGACCUCGUCACUGAACACAGGUUGUCACGGCAACCAGCCCUCUUUCCAUCCGGGUCAGACAGGGUCGAGUUUGAUUUGGGUAGUUCUGGCUCGCUAGGGAGGGAUGUUAGCAAGGCGCUUCUCCCCGUUUGCCAAAGUGCACGUCUGGACUACAGCCGCAUUGGACUUGAUUGGAACCAGCUAGCGGCUAGCUUGGAGGCACAGGUUGCCUCAGGGAGUCAGAGAACGGCUGAAAGAACAGGAGAAAGGUGUGAAGAUCUGGCGCCCCCUGGCUGUGGCUUCUGUCACAUCCCUUAUGACGAGCUGAACAUGCCGUUCCCUGCGCAGCUAUCGUACUGCUACUGCUGCCGUCGCGCCAAGGUGCCAGACGUGCUAUUCACCACCAUAGACCUGCCCACAGAUGCCAACAUCACUGGCAAAGGAUGCCUCAUACAAGCCAGGUUGUGUCGUCUGAAGAAGAAGGGUCAGGGGGAGGGCAAUGCCACCUGUAUCAGCAGCCUGCUGCCCUUUAUGGAGUACGAGCUCCACACCCAGCUGCUCAACAAGCUGAAGCUGCGGGCCAUGAACGCCCUGUUCGGCCUGCGCAUACAGAUCAGCGUCGGGGAGAACAUGCUCGUCGGCCUGGCUUCUGCGACGGGGGUGUACUUGUCUGCGCUGCCCAGCCCGGGCGGUAUCCAGAUAGCAGGGAAGACUCCUGGAGACCUGAGCUACGAACAGCACAUGAGCAACAUGCAGCGCAAGAUCAACGACACCAUCAACAAGAACCGCGAGCUCUACCACGUCAACCCACCUGAGGCUGUGGAGGAGCUGAUUGGUUCUCCCAUCCCUGAGAUUCGCCAGAGGUCCCGCCUCUUCCGCUCGCACUCGGAGAGCUCCGAUGAGCUGUCAGAACUGGACCUCUCCCACGGCAAGAAAGACGCCUUCGUCCUGGAGAUCGAUGAUACAGAUGCAGUGGAGGACAUCCACUCCCUCUUGACUGAUGCCCCUACUCCUCCAGGCUUCUUCAGCUGUAACACAGAGGUCAUGCCUGGGAUCAAUAACUGGACAUCAGGACUGCAGAUGUUCACAUCCGUCAGGGUGUUCCGACUCAGCAAUGCCAAUCUCACCAAUCAGGGGCUGAAUAAGAUCUUCAAUGAGCUGUGUGAGAAUCUACUGAAGAGUCUGUACUUCAAGCUGCGCUCCAUGGUGCCCUGUUGCCUGUGCCACCUCAACUUUGCGGUCGCCGUGCCAGAGGAUGAACUCAUUCAGGUGGCCGUUACUGCCGUUGCCAUGAGUUUCCACAGAGAUCAGAUUCAAGACAGCAACAAGUCUGGGGAAGAUCGCGCUCCAAUGAAAGUGAUUACGGAGAAUGAGGAGCAGCUUCAGUUUCCCUUGGAGCUCAGUGCUGACACAACAUCACCACAGGGCCACAACACGGCCAAGAACUCAGGCCCCUCGGACGGUUCCACUGGCGGUCUCGGUGGCAGAGCUCCCUCGGUUGAUUACAGUUCCUUUGCAGACAGAUGCAGCUCCUGGAUAGAGCAGCUUAGAGUGAAAGCUCACACCAUAAGACGCGGAUCAAUUAAGACAACCUCGUCUACAGAUCGUGCCAGUCCUCUUCCAGAGGGUCGCUCUCGCUCGCUGCGCUCCACGCGCUCCUUCCCAGGAUCCUCCUCUGUCACGGUGGUCAAGAUGACCCCCCUCUCCUUCAUACCGGGGGCCAAGAUCACCAAGUACCUGGGCAUCAUUAAUAUGUUCUUCAUACGCGAGACCACCUCGCUUCGAGAGGAGGGUGGCGUGAGUGGGUUCCUCCACUCGUUCAUAGCGGAGGUCUUUGCUAUGGUGCGAGCUCACGUGGCGGCUCUGGGAGGAAACGCAGUCGUCUCCUACAGCAUGAAGGAGUGCGUCUUCAUGGAGAACCCAAACAAGAACCAGGCUCAGUGUCUGAUCAACGUGAGUGGUGAUGCGGUCAUCUUUACUCGGGAGACAGACCUGGAGGUGUCGUCCUACACCCAACCACAGACGAACGCAAACACGCAGUCCAAUAACGAGACUAAUGAGGACACGCCUGCAUAAUCGCUCGCUCUCUCUCUCACACACACACACACACACACAGAGGCGCAUCUUGUCACCAGGCUAGGCAGGCAGCCGCUUGGGGCCCCCAAGCCCCUGGAUGGUGAAUAACAGCUCACACUUUGCUACAGUAGUGGCAAAUUUCUUUCAAAUGUUCACUACUUUGAAAUUUUGCUUGGGGUCCCAGCUGAUCCUAGAGUCGCCUCUGCAAACACACACACACACACACACACACACACACCCCUCUGAACUGCUUUGUUUAUGCAUGCCGAGGCGAAAUUUACAUUCCACUGGAAGAGGCAGCUAUGGUGCUGAAAGGUGUGUGUGUGUGUGUGUGUGUGUGUGUGUGUGUGUGUGUGUGUGUGUGUGUGUGUGUGUGUGUGUGUGUGUGUGUGUGUGUG